GUAUAAAAUCCGAUUUCACCAAACACCCAAAAGGAAAAAAAAAAAAAAUCCGAUUUCACCAGAGACAUUCUUCAAUCCUAAACCCUCGGAGACGCUCUCCGGCCUCCGCUCCUCCUGUACUCGCCGCCUCCGCCGCUGCUUCUGCUCCUUCCCCUCACGUUCGCCUUCGUAUUUGCUACGUUAGUGGUCGGUGGUGCUCCAUCGUUGCCUGCGCUUCUGCUCUGUCGUCCUAAUCCGCCAUUCGCCCCUGCUUUUGCUCUGGCAUUUCUUCCGCUUCCUCUCUGUCCUUCUGGACUUCUGAGAAUGCGUCAAGAAAUAGAACUUUUAAUUGUUAUGAGCAGGAUGUCUGAGAAUGCAUCAGGUGUUUGAUUAGUUUUCUCUGAGAAGUUCUCGUAACAUUCCUUUCGUUCAUUAGUAUCCCUAUGGACGAACCCUUGCUGCAUGUCAAAUCGCUUCGAGAAGCUGUAAAUGCUUUGUGUAAGUUAGAGCAGUCUCCUCAGCCGCAAAACGCUAAAGAAGCGCAGGCUGCUCAGAAACGAGAAGCUGCUUUGAAGCCGCUGGUGGAUUCUCUUUGUUGUGGUCUGCUUCGACAUCCUGAUAAAGAUGUUCGGCUUUUGGUUGCUAUUUGUGUCACGGAAAUUUUUAGAGUCAAAGCACCAGAACCACCUUUUGAAGACAAGUAUUUAAGGGAGGUUUUUAAACUCAUUGUUAAUUCGUUUGCGGAUCUUGCUGAUAUUGCAAGCCCAUACUUCUCAAAGAGGGUUAAACUAUUGGACACUGUGGCUCAAUUAAGGUGUUGUGUGAUAAUGCUGGAGAUUGACUGCGUAGAUUUGGUUCUUGAGAUGUUCAAUAUUUUCUUCUCUGUUGUGAGCGAUGAUAGCCAUGAUAGUUUGAUUUAUUCCAUGUCUUCUAUAAUGCUAAACUUAUUGAAUGAGAGUGAGGAGGCUUCUCAGCAACUGUUGGAAGUGAUUUUGCGAAAUCUUAUAAAGGGGAAAAAGGAUGCAACUUCUGCUGCUUAUCAACUAGCUGCAUCAGUCAUCAAAAGUUGUGCAGAAGAGGAUGCACUGAACUCCCUAGUUUGUAGGUAUCUUAUAUCCUGUAUACAUGCCCGAGAUGCUAUGGUCAGUGAGCUUAAAGAAUCAUAUCAUGAAAUCAUAUUCAAGGUUUUUCAAUGUGCACCUCAAAUGCUAGUUGCUGUCAUCCCAAGCUUAAUUGAGGAAUUGUUGGCUGAUCAGGUUGAUGUUCGGAUAAAAUCUGUUAAUUUGGUUGGCAAGCUUUUUGCAUUCUCUGAGGAGCUUGUUGCACAGAAGUAUCACGAUCUUUUUGUGGAGUUUUUGGAAAGAUUUUCUGAUAAAUCUGUGGAUGUAAGGAUUAGUGCUCUACAGUGUUCGAAAGCUAUUUAUGUGGCCAAACCUUAUGGGACAGAAUCAGAUGAAAUUAUCUCUGCUGUUGAAGACCGGUUGCUGGACUUUGAUGACCGAGUGAGAAUGCAGGCAGUUCUUGUUGCCUGUGAUAUUUCCAGGUCAAACCUGAAACUCGUUCCAUCCAAACUAAUAUCUCAAGCCACUGAAAGACUUCGGGAUAAAAAGAUAUCCGUCAGAAAGAGGGCCUUGAAGAAGAUGAUUGAAGUGUAUCAAGAUUACUGCACGGAAUGUUGGAAAGGCAGCAUGACAAUUAGCGACCACUUUGAGAAGAUUCCAUGUAAAAUUAUGUUGCUUUGCUAUGAUAAAGAUUGCAAGGAAUUUGGGUCACAGAACAUGGAAUUUGUUUUUGCUGAUGAUUUGUUUCCUGAGAACCUUCCUGUAGAGGAGAGGACAAAGCACUGGAUGCACAUGUUUUCACUUUUUAGUUCUCAACAUGAAAAAGCUCUGCUUACUAUUUUGACUCAAAAGAGAAGGCUACAAAAUGAAAUGAAAAAUUAUCUGGCUAUGAGGAAGAAAUUGAAGGGAGUUGGUUCUGAAGACCUACAUAAGAAGAUUGAAGAUAUUCUUGCAGAAAUGGCUGAAUCCUUCCCGGAUUGUCACAAGGCUAAAGAGGGCUUUCGCAGUUUAAACUUGACUAAAGAUAAUAAGUUGUUUAAAUCAAUUGAACAACUAUUGGAGAAACAGACUUUCAUAGUUAGACAAGCCAACCAAGAUGUUCUGCUGGGAAUGAUUGGAGACAACCAUCCGUAUCACGAAUUUCUGCAAUCAAUCUUCUCCAGAUGUUCAAAUAACAUUUUCAGCUCAGAGCAUGUCCAGUAUAUCUUAGAUUUUCUGUUGAAUAACCAAAGUGGAAAUAAUCACUUGGAGGAUUCUUCUGUGGAUCUUCUUCUGGUAACUAAAGUCGCUACUUUCUUUUAUUUAAUUACUUUUUUUCGUCUCUCUCUCUCUCUCUCUCUCUCUCUCUCUCUCUCUCUCUCUCUCUCUCUCUCUCUCUCAGAUCUCCUUACAACUGAUCUCGCAAGUUUUAUAUUUCCAGUUAUGUGGGUAUUGGUGGAGGUUGAGGAUCAAAUUGGUGAAAUUUGGUUAAUGGGUUUGGUUUUUUUGGUAGCAAAGGCAGGAGCUCAUGUUUCAUUUAAUAUUAGUGAUAUUUAUCCAUUUCUUAAGAAAAUGUGCUUGGAUGGAACUCGCACACAGGCCAAAUUUUCAGUCUCUGCAAUAGCUGCCAUAACUACUGAGCAAUCAGUUUUCUUAAAUUUAUACGAGGCGUUGAUCGAUCCUUUGUAUAGCCAGUGGAAUGUCCCGACAGUUUUGCAGUCCCUGGGUUGUAUUGCACAACACUCUGUUUUGACUUUUGAAACUAGAGGCGAAGAGAUCACAUCAUAUAUAACACAAAAGAUUAUUCAAAUGGAGCACUUGGAUGAUGGUGAUAGUGUGACAUGCUUAGCUAAUACUGCUCAAUGUUGCGAAUCUUGUCAAUUAAAGAUUUAUGGACUUAAAACCCUGGUAAAGAGUUAUUUACCUUAUCAAGCAGGCCAUAUCAAAUGCAAUAUUAAGUUUUUGUUGGAUAUUUUGUCAACAAUGCUAUACAACAACAAUUUUGAUAUGACUGAGACAGGCUCAUGGGAAAAUGACAUGUCUCGUAUCAGAUUAGCUGCAGCAAAGGCAGUUCUUCAGCUUUCUAGGAAGUGGGAUUUGCAUAUUACUCCAGAAAUUUUUCGCUGUACUAUUUUGAUUGGAAAGGACUCCUCGCCUUUUGUUAGGAGAACAUUUCUUGCCAAAAUCCACAAGUUGUUGAAGGAGCGUAAACUACCUAUUAGAUUCACGUGUGCAUUUGCAUUUGGAGUGACAGAUGGCAUUGAGGAUGUCCGAUAUCAUAGCUAUGAAUAUAUUGCAGAAUUUAUUAAGGAUUAUGGUCUUGUCACUCGUAAACAACAAAGUUCUGCUGCGCAUGGAGCAGUUGCACAUCCUACAUACAUGGUCGUCUAUUUGAUUCAUGUCCUUGCUCAGAAUAGCGACUUUCCACUGAAAGGUUGUCGGAAUGAAAAAUUGUAUGCUGACUUUUGUAGUCCGCUCUUCUUUGUCCUGCAGGCAUUUACCAAUGCCAGUAUAGUUGAUGGUGACCUGGAUGUUGUAAAUGAUGCUGUCUUGCAUCUUUUUAGUAUUUUUCGGGCAAUCAGAAAAGCUGAAGAUGCCAUUGAUCCCCAGACCAACGCUAAGCUGCACAUUCUAGCUGAAUUUGGGAUGUUUGCUUUAAAUGCAAUUAAUCAUGGUGCAAUAUCAGUAUCACAAGCUCCUGGGCAGAUUUUGCUUCCUUCCUCAUUUUAUAAAUUACAGGGCAAUUCAAAAUGUUCAGAGUCAUUUUGCGAGGAAGGUUUUCUAUGUAGUCUCUUUGCUACACUUAAACGUUGUACCCCUCAGGCAUUUGCUCAGAAGCCACUUACUAAGCAUGGUCGCAAGGGGCAAGAGGCUUUCCCCAAGUCUAAUACCAAAAUUUCCAGGGUUCUAGAUUUGACAUCUAGCAAAAUGGACAAUUUAUCAGUGAGAGCAAUAACAAAUGCUAAAUAUGUGAGGCAAGAUUCACCCCCACGGAAAAGGAGUAAACAUGUGCUUUCUUCUAAUUGUGGAUCAACUGGUUUGCAUGAAUCAAUAGAGAAGAAAAACAAAAUUGCAACCAAAAACUGUGAAAAGACUUCAGAGACAAACAUGCUCUUGCCUUGUGAUUCUAUGAGUGGGAAGGGUUGUCAGCCAGAAUUACAUUUGGUAUCCCGAAGAUCUAAAAGAGCUGCUGCUUGUACAUUAGAAAUUGUUCCUACAAGUUGCAAACAUACUGUUCAACAUUUCAAAUGCCCUGAAACCCACCUCAAAGAUUCCUGUGGUGUAAAGAAGCAAGAUAUACUGGCAGAUGUUUCAAAUAAAAAGAGUUUCUCCCACUGUGAUCCUGUGGAGCAUUCUUCUCUCAGUAGUCUAAAGGAAACUGUUGUUACAACAGGAGGUCUAACUGCCAAUGACAAAAGGUUACUGAAUCAGGAGAAUGGCAACCUGAUUAGAAGUGGAAAAUGUAAGGAAAAAUUAGCAUCGCAAAAUGUGACUACCAAUGUAUGUGCUGUCCGUAGAACAAGACGGAGAGUAUAAAUAUCAUGCUAUGUGGACAUUAUAUAGUUCAUGUAAUUGCACUUUUUAGGAUUCAUUUUUUGCUCAUUGCAAUAUUCGCGUUCCCUUUAAUUAACCACCUGCCCAAGUUCUGUAAAUUGUAUUGGCUUGACAGUGGAAUAUUGCGGUCACAUGCCACUCUAGCUCAUAUAUCGAGAGUUAUGCAAAACAAAAAUCGAUUGUUGGCGUAAUCUUUUACUGCUAUAAUAAUAUAUAUGGAUGCAUCUUAGGUA